AUGGAGGUUUCUGACGACCAGCAGCAAAAACUGAAGCUCGUAGAAACCCAAUUGAAGGCUAUUGUGCAGAGCCUCUACAACCUCAUUGUGCAAGGUCUCGAGCACCAGGGCAGCGCAACUCAGGAGGCUAUGAAGCAAGAAAUCCAGUCGCUCAUCGAGAACCUCGUCAAGCUCUCACGAGCGGCCCCGUCAGUCCACAUUGACAUCCCCCCCGAAGUUACCGACUACGUCGAAAAGGCGCGGAAUCCUGACAUCUAUACCCGCGAGCUAGUCGAGACAACUCAGAGGAUGAACCAGAUGCUGAAGGGUCGCAGCGAGGCCUAUGCCCAGAUGCGCGACAUACUUGCAAAGGAUAUCAUACUGGCUAUACCAGAGCUCAAGGACGACGUUCGAAAGGUAGCCGAAUCGACCGGCGGCUCGAUUGAUGGAUGA